AUGCUUAAUGGAAUGUUCGCCCUGUCUGCCAGAUUUAGCAAUGCGCCAGAGUUUAUCGGCAUCGAUCCGACCUGUCGCGAUCAAAUAUUUGUCAAAAGAGCCACCGAGCUCUGGGAGACGAUCUCAAAGGACUUCAAGCAUUGCCUUCGGACUCUACCAUGUCUUCAAGGCCUGAUUCUUCUAACCUUCAGUUCUCUUCUGUCCGGCCCUUCGGAAGAUGCAUGGAUUCUGAGCGGCACUUGUGUGCGUCUCGCGUACGACCUGGACCUUCACACGACCGAUGCCCACAGACAGCAUGAAGGGGGGUCCCCGCAGCAGAACCAGGAAUAUCGCUUUGUUCACGUCCUACUGCCGGUGUCGGAUCAUGACUGGGAUAACAGAACUCAAGCGCCGUCGGCCUUGCUCAAUGCAAACGGUGGAAUGCCAUGGAAGCAUCUCACCGAGUCGCCAAACCAAAGCGAAAGAGCGUGGUUCCUGGUCUGUCUAGCUGUUCUCCGACAGGCGUACGACGCAGCCGUGCCACCAGGCGCUUCCGUAGAGAGGCUUCAUCACGCAGAGGCGGUGAUCGGGUGUGCCUUUCUUGCCCUGCCCCGUUCGUUUCAAGAUCUGUCCAUGUCGGGGGCAUCAUGGCCCACCAGUCAUGUAACGUUCAACUGGAUUGCAUGUUCUCUGAUUGUCCUGAAUUGGUAUGCUCUCUGCCCGCUACAAAAUGAGACCCUUCAACCCGCAGAUGUUCGGCCCCCUCGGAUUUAUCUUUCGACUAUUAUAGAAGUGAACCGCGCCGCGCGGCUUCUAUCUCCGCAGCACCUGUCGCUGUGCUCGCCAUUCGUGUGCUGUGCCCUCGUUGGCCCGAGUACCGUCCAUGUUCCGGACGAUCACAUCCUCAUCGAAUCGCAGUCGGCCUCUCUGUGCGCCGAAACCAUCAGGCUCGUUCUGUCCGACGUCGCGCGACACUGGUCGAUUGGGGGAAUCCUUUUAGAUAUUAUAGAUUACAAGAAGACCAGCAAACCGGCUAGCCCGGCCGGGAGAUGCUCUCAAACCCCUUUUACUCCCGAAUGGCGGGCCUUGGUGGAUGAUAUAUUCUAG